ACGCGCGCACGGCUUCCUUUCAACAAAUACCGAUUGUCCUGUGAACAUGGAAGAACUGGAGCUGACCGUGCGCGCCACCAAACAGCCCGCGGGCAAGAGCCCUUCCUCGUCACCAGCUUUCAACUCGACAGCUGCGUGGAUUACGUGGAGAUGCGUGAACCUUGAGCACGGAGUGCGCCAAGUGAGCUCACGAUUCCAACAAGUGGAUGCUUGAAUGGGGUCUCUGGAGACUUGAGAAAAAAAGAAGGAAAAGCAAACAGUGGAUUGAUGCGCUGUUUGGAUGCUUUGACUUGGUGGCAGACAAACGCGCAUUGAAGUACUUUUAUUUGCAGCGCACUUGAUCACUUUAUGUAUUGAUCAGGGGUUAAAAAAGGUGCGAUGAGGUAAGAAACUGCUGAUUUUCCUCGGCGCCUCACCAAAGAAAGACAGAGAUUUCGGCGGACACGCUGCGGAUUUCACCCCGUCUCCAUUCACCCACUCAUGGGCUCGCCUCUCCUCUCCCUCGGGUGACAGCAGGGGCAAGUUUGGAUCCUCUGGACAUUUCUGUAUGAGGAGGGGAGUCAAAGGUCGCAGCCAUGCCGAUGCAUCCAGUCACCUCCACGCUGAUGUACCGGGGGAUGUGCGCCAUCCCAGACAUCCUCUCCUACAGCGCACCGGUCAACCUGCCCGAAGACGAGGUUGAAGAGAUCCGUGAGGCCUUCAAAGUGUUUGACCGAGAUGGCAACGGCUUCAUCUCAAAGCAGGAGCUGGGUAUGGCCAUGCGCUCGCUGGGCUACAUGCCGAACGAGGUGGAGCUAGAAGUCAUCAUCCAGAGACUGGAUAUGGAUGGUGAUGGCCAGGUGGACUUUGAGGAGUUUGUCACUCUUCUUGGCCCAAAGCUGACAGCAGCUGGGAUGCCAGAUAAGUUCAACGGCACUGACUUUGACUCCGUUUUCUGGAAGUGUGAUAUGCAGAAAUUGACAGUGGAGGAGCUCAAGAGGCUUCUGUACGACACAUUCUGUGAUCAUCUUUCCAUGAAAGACAUCGAGAACAUCAUCAUGACCGAAGAGAACCAUAUAGAGAACCCUGAGGACUGUCAACUGGAUAUAGACAGUUCCAGCCCAACGCAGCAAGUCAAGCAAACUUGCGUGCGCAAAAGUCUGAUAUGCGCCUUCGCCAUUGCUUUCAUCAUCAGCGUUAUGCUCAUUGCAGCAAAUCAGGUGUUGCGAAGCGGCAUGAAAUAGGAUGAGCAGCUUUUUCGGCCUUGAUCACCAAAGAAAGGCUCGAUGAAUGACUGAAGAGAUGGAGAUGAACAAUAAACACAGACAAUCACACCGUUAUGAAGCAGUCUAACUUGGCUGCAGAGUAACCACCAUCACCAGGGACGCUAUCCGUGUGAGAAUUCAUCCUGGUGAUGCAGACAUGAAGAUACUGUCAAACGACAACACAGUGGACGUGUAAAGUGGACAGCUGACUAUACAUAUCACUCUUCAUGAUAAAACAUUUAGUACUCAUUAGCGAUGUGCGUUUGAGCAGUGUUGCGUUCAGUAUGGUGGCAGCUAUAGAGAGACGUGUAGUGACUGUCCAGUUCUGUAUUUGUCCAGUGUACCAUGCAGUUAUUAUAAAACGAAUAGCAAGAAAGACUGUGAAAUACUGCUAGGAACUUGUUUGGUGGGGAAAUGCCCUUCUGAGGCUGCGGCUGAAGCAUGCUGUAAGAGAGAGAGAGCAGAGAUAAUGUAUGCGGUGCCACAUUGUUGAACGCUACGUAUGUACUUAAAAAGCUGCUGGGAAGCUGGCGAUGAGCUCUGUUUGAAGAUAAGUCACCAAAAAGUCAUGUAGCAAGCUCUCUAACGUUUGUGAUUUGGGUCCUCAAAGGUCACCCGUCAUCUAUGCAUGAAAUGCAUGGAUUUAAACACUUGUCUUGACAUGUUUGUACAGGUUCUGAUCAGUGUAUUAAUCAUUAUGCCUGUGUAACCACUGUUUCAAUCAUUUAAUGAUGACUGUGAGCAAUGAU